UCCAACCAAGACCAAACAUCCUCUUCUGAACUUAAUGAAGAUGAUGAUGUUAUUAUGACAGAUUCAAAUGAUGAUUCUACUGUCAAUACAAAUGACCAAACUACUGAUAACAAAAACUCUAACCCCAACAAAAACUUACAACAAAACUCUCAACUCAUUUCUACUCUCUCAUAUAAUCCUUUUCAAUAA